GAGGGGACAUUGAGGCUUUGGGCUCGGGCCGUAACUCGUAAUUGAGCAGGAUCGGCGUCGUCACUCUCUGCAAAAGAGCUUCAGCGCUCCCCGCGCGUCUUUCCCUCCUCUUGUUUUCAGUUAAUUCCCGCAGAUGCAUGAAUGAAACUAAAGGACAUCCCUCGUAGGGUUUUGUUUCUUCCAACUACUUUCUAUCAAUUCCUCAAAUUUUUGCAGCGGAUCCAUUAUUAUGGGCGUCUCCUUCAAGGUCUCAAAGACCGGCUCUAGGUUUCGCCCAAAGCCUCUUCUGUCCGAAGCUUCUGAGGAUGGCCCCUUGGAAAAUUCCAAGUCUAGCUCCCGAGCUGUUGCCUUCAAGAACGAAUUCUCUAGACGAGAGCCCAAGAACAAUCUUGUUCAGUCUGGUGAGAAGAUUGCUCGUGUGCCUGAUGCGUCCAUUUCGUCUGGCGCUAUGUCAGUUACAGAGAACGAAGCUUCUUUCACAUUGAACCUGUUUCCAGAUGGUUAUUCUAUCGGAAAACCAUUGGAGAACGAGACAACAAAUCAAUCUACAUAUCAAGAGUUUCCAAAGCUGUUGCAUCCCUAUGAUAGGAUGUCAGAAAGUCUAUUCUUGGCUAUUGAGUCAGGCCACUUGCCUGGAGAUAUUCUUGAUGAUAUACCAUGCAAGUAUGUUGAUGGAGCACUAAUAUGUGAGGUGCGUGAUUAUCGAAGAUGCUCUUCUGAUAAGGGGUCUGGGCAUGCUUCUACUGAUGUUUCCCCUACUGUUACUAAAGUUCGUCUCAGGAUGUCAUUGGAGAAUGUUGUGAAAGACAUCCCUUUGAUUUCAGAUAAAUCUUGGACUUAUGGUGACUUCAUGGAAUUUGAGUCCAAGAUACUGAAAGCAUUACAGCCACAGCUCCAUUUAGAUCCUACUCCCAGGUUAGAUCGGCUAAGUGAUGGUCCAGUUCCCACAAAGCUCAAUUUAAGCCUUAGUAGUUUGCGGAGAAAGAGAUUAAGGCAGAUGCCAGAAUUUACUGUUACUUCUAGUAAUAAAAUCCAUGGCAAGAAAGUUUGCAUAGAUAGAGUACCGGAAAGCUCAACCCCCAGGCUGGGUGAGCCCGGAAUCGUUGCAUCUAAUGCGAUGAUACAGCAGACCCAUGAUAAUCUGGCUUCACAAGAUCUUGGUGCCAGCAAUGCCAUGUCUUUAAGACCUAAAAGCUUUGUAUCAGAUCCUUCCAUAUCUGGUUUGUCUAUGAUGUCCCAUCAAUCAAGGUAUCAAAUGGGGGUGGGAACUCCAAGAAGCUUGCCGGAGCACGGACCAAUUUCUGCUAUGAACACAUCAGGAGCUUCCCCUGCUGCACAGGACAUGAUAAUUUCAUAUGGUGAUAAUGCCAAUUCAGGUUCCUCUCUUCAUGGAAAAAGGGAGCAUCAAGAUGGACAAACAUCACCUUUGUCCAAUUUUGCUAAAAGAAUGAGGCCUACUGAUGGAAUGCAACAGUCACAAACAGGACCUCAUGGUGAUGCCCUUCAAGGAUCAGAUAUUAAUUGGCAAAAUGCAUUAUUACCACAAUCACAAGCCAUGUCUAGAGGAAUCCAGUAUCAAAGUGCUGGCGUUCAGAAGUUUCCACAGCAGGCUUUUGAAGGAAGGUUAAAUCAGGACACAGGGACUCUUCAGUUUGCUGCUGGGCAGCAGCCAAUGAGAGUGGUUGCUAAGGAAGAGCAGUUUGCAUUGGAUAAAUCAGAUGGCUCAGAGAUCAACCGGAAUAAAAGUGAAGUGCAGAUGGAAAUGGAUGCGAACCUUUUGGACCAUCAACAGUCACGACUCCAGCAAAGAUUACCACAGCAUGCAUUCAUGAGAUCUAAUUUCUCUCAGACAACCUGGAAUAAUCUUGGUCAGCAUAUAGAGAAAGAAGUAAGAAAGGAUGACCAGCUUCAGAGGAGGAAAUCAGUGCAGAGUCCUCGCUUAUCUGGUGGAACAUUAGCUCAAUCCCCUUUAUCUUCUAAAUCAGGUGAAUUUUCUAAUGGUUCAGUUGGACCCAGUUUUGGACCAGCUUCAGCAGCGGCAGCGAUGGGAUCACAAAAAGAUAAAACAAUAAUGUCAUUUCCUGCUGCUGGUGGGACUCCACCUUUGACUUCCACUGCUAAUGAUUCUACACAAAGACAACACCAGGCACAAGUAGCUGCCAAACGGAGGGCUAAUUCCCUACCAAAGACCCCAGCAAUAAAUGGUGUUGGUUCUCCUGCUAGCGUUAGUAAUGUUAGUGUGCCAUUAAAUGCAAAUAGUCCCUCAGUUGGGACGCCGGCUUUAGCUGAUCAGACUCAGACUAUCCUUGAAAGGUUCUCAAAAUUUGAAAUGGUGACAAUGAGGCAUCAACUCAACUGCAAGAAGAACAAGGUUGAUGAUUGUCCCAUCAGAAAGCAGAAUUCAUAUUCACCUCAGCAUGUGGCAGUCUGUCUGGCUAAUGCAUCCAGUAACGAGGGUUUUAAAGAUGAUACAAAGUCUCUGUCAAAGUCACUCGUAGGUGGCAGUAUGAAUGUCAGCAAAAUAAGGAUCUUAAGCUUCUGGUUGCCUGAGCGUGUAGUUCAGGGCAAUGUUGUUUCUUUAGUUCCAAAGUUGCGAACUAGGUUGAUCAUGUCUGAGAAGCCAUCCGAUGGUACCGUGGCAAUGCAUUAUGGAGACAUUGAAGAUGUUGAUUUCUUGGCUGCAGAGGAUCAUCUUCCUACAUUACCUAAUGCCCAUUUUGCGGACUUACUAGCAAUGCAGUUCAGUUCACUGAUGGAUAGGGAAGGGUACAUGAAUGAUGGUGACCUCAUCCAGUCAAAACCAAAUCGGAUGAACCAUCCAUCAGGCAGUCAACCUAGUGGAGUUGCUGGAACUCAUAAUGCUGCGGUUGAAAUGCAGCAAUAUGGAGAGUCAAUUCCUGGUCAGUUGCCCAAUGAAAUUGCAAAACCAUCUACUACUAGUGGCAAUACGUCUCUAAACUCAUCUCAGAACCAUUUAGCAAAUGGAAGGAUGUUGCCACCUGGAAACCCUCCGGCCUUACAGAUGUCACAAGGACUUCUUUCAGGUGUUUCAAUGGCUCCAAGGCCACAGCAACUGGACCCACAACAGUCCGUACAGCAGCAGCACCAGCAGCACCAGCAGCAGCAACUCCAACCGAAUCAGCACUCUCUAAUUCAGCAACAGAAUCCACAAUUUCCGAUAUCUUCAAUGAUGCUUGGUACAAGUCCACUUCCACACUUAGGUACAAUGGGGCAGAACUCCAACAUGCAGAUGGGCAAUCACGUGGUCAAGCAGCCUCUCCAGAUGCAGCUGAUGCAGCAGCAGCAGCAGCAGCAGUAUCAGCAGCAGCAGCAUCAGCCACAAAUGCAGAGGAAAAUGAUGGGACUUGGAACUGCUGUGGGCCUUGGUAACUUUAGGAACAACAUGGUUGGACUUGGAGGCUUGGGAAGUCCUAUGGGUAUGGGAGCUGCAAGGGGAAUAGCAGGAACUGGAAUCUCAGCACCAAUGGCAUCUAUGUCUGGCAUGGGAAAUAUGGCUCAAAAUCCAAUGAAUCUUAGUCAGGCUACGAGUAUCAAUAAUGCCAUAAGCCAGCAAUUGCGAUCGAUGACCCCAGCACAGGCUGAAUUGUUGGCAUCAAAGUAUAGAAUGGCACGUGGGUUAGGGAAUCCUCAGUCUAGCAUAAGUGGCAUUACGGGAGCCAGACAAAUGCACCCUGGCUCAGCUAAUGUUUCUAUGCUGGGUCAGUCACUGAGUAGGGCUAAUAUUAGUAACCUGCAACGAGCAAUUGGACCCAUGGCUCCUCCUAAGUUGAUGACGGGCAUGAGUCUUUACAUGAACCAGCAGCAGCAGCAGCAGCACCAACAUCAACAGCAGCAGCAGCAACAGUUGCAAUUACAGCAGCAGCAGUUGCAGCAGCAGCAGCAGCAACAAUUACAACAGCAAAUGCAACAACAGUUGCAGCAGCAGCAAGAAACAACUUCACCAUUGCAGGCAGUUGUUUCACCCCCACAGGUGGGCUCACCAUCUGCCAUAGGAGUUCCGCCGCUGAAUCCACAAACCCAACAGCAGCAAGCAAGCCCACAGCAAAUGAACCAACGAACUCCGAUGAGCCCGCAGCAGCUGAGCUCAGGGGCAAUCCAUCCCAUGAGUGCUGGUAAUCCUGAAGCAUGUCCAGCUAGUCCACAGUUGAGCUCUCAGACCCUAGGGUCAGUCGGUAGUAUCACAAACUCCCCUAUGGACAUGCAAGGCGUAAACAAGAGCAAUUCUGUCAGCAAUGCAUAGCGAAGUUGAAAGAGCUAAAAGUUCAAGACCAGUGGCGAAUGGCCUCUCCUCGUUGUCGACUAAAAGCUAUGUUAGAGCAGGAGAAUGAGGGUGAAUAUUUAUUUGUUGCCAAAAUCGGCAAUAAAAUUAGCGGUGGCAAGGGAUAGGGUGUAUAUAUGUAUGUAUAUUUUUUUUUUAAACUUCUAAAUAAACAUAUAGCAGGUGUCUCCACUGUCUCCACUGUGGUGGGGAAUUAAUAUGCUGCUUAGUUUCACUUCUAGAAUUAACAUCAUGUAUCAUGUAAAUAGUUUGGUGUCCAAUGAAAACUUUUGAAACUGCGAAUUGUACUUUAGUUGUGAACACUUGACAAAGUUGUCGUAUAUUAGCCAAGUUUCUUUUAUCCA